AACUUAGGGGCCUGGUUUGACUGCCAUUUCAACCUGAAUUUUAACAUAACCAAAACUUGUAGGAGUGCUUUUUUUCAUCUACACAAUAUUAGACGCGUCAGAAAAUAUCUAAGCAUAGAAUCUGCCGAGAAAUUAGUGCACGCUUUCAUCACAAGCAGAUUGGACUAUUGUAACUCACUUUUAUACGGACUACCCCACUGCGCCCUCACUAAACUGCAGCGUGUUCAAAACGCAGCUGCAAGAGUUCUAUAUCUAGCACCACGGUUUUGCCAUAUCACACCAAUAUUAUACGAAUUACACUGGCUGCCUGUGACGUUUAGAAUAGAAUUUAAGGUUAUUAUAAUCACUCACAAAGCAAUCUAUGGAACAGCUCCUAAUUAUUUAUCAUCUCUCGUUAACUUUAAACCUAAUUCUUCCUACAGCCUCAGAUCAAAU